AUGCAGAGAAUGCAGCUUUCGCGUGAAGACUUUGACAAUCCAGAGGUCGCUGGGGCGGUGAACCCCCACCCCGACUACGGUUACUUCACGGUCCCAUCCCGAACCCAAACCCCACUUACGCGCCCACACCCGGACCCCCGCCACACCUAUGCCCUAACUCCUGGUUCAAGACUGUCAGGUGUUAAUAGCAUGGUAUGCGACAUCGCAGUCAAUGGCAACCAAAUAUGUGGCCAGCCCCUUUGCCGCCACAUCUGGAACGCCCAUCCCGGUGCCACUCUUAAUCCCUUCCGCACCAACAUUCCCCAGGCUGACGCUUUAAAGCAAUGGAUCCUUAGCAGAGGAUGGAGAACUGCCCGUUACGUGAAGGAGCCUGGUGAGGGUCCUAUGUACAGUAUUAUUCAGGAUUACUGUAACUUCCUCAAGCAGCUGGCCCAGGAAGAUAACAACUUUGCUCAGCAGUUUGGGACUGAGUUCCAUCGUCCUGUAUAUGAUCCGGGUAUUUACUCUACGUAUUCCCUGCGUAUGCUAAUAUUUCCUAGAGGCUGGCACAAAUCUUCCCCACUACCCUCUAAGCCACCUACCCCACUGUCUGCCCCCAAGCGCAAGCGUGCUCCACCGAAGAAGGGUCACAAGGCCACCGGUAGCCGGAAGCAGCCGGCGCGCGCCAAGAAGGAUGCUGCCGAGUCGGUGCCGGAGACUGCGUAG